GGCUGGCCCCAUGUUACUGAGCGGAGCUCCUCCUGCGGGCUCCGGCCCGGGGCCGCGGGCUCAGGGGGGCCCUGGAGGCGGCCCGGGGGGUUCCCGCCGGGGCGCUGGAGGUGCGGGAGCAGGCCCAGGAGGGGGCGGCAGCGGCGGAGUAGCGAAGUGGCUUCGAGAGCAUCUGGGCUUCCGCGGGGGGAGCGGCGGAGGAGGUGGGGGCAAGCCGGCGCCCCCGGAGCCCGACUACCGUCCCCCUGCGCCUUCCCCGGCCGCGCCCCCCGCGCCGCCCCCAGACAUUCUGGCCGCCUACAGGCUGCAGCGGGAGCGCGACUUCGAAGACCCCUACUCCGGGGGAUCGUCCGGCUCCGUAGCCCUUGCCACCCCGGUAGCCCCUGGCCCCACGCCGCCCCCGCGCCACGGUUCGCCCCCCCACCGCCUUAUUCGGGUUGAGACCCCUGGGCCCCCAGCUCCCCCUCCCGAUGAGCGGAUCUCUGGACCCCCAUCCAGCAGCGAUAGGUUGGCAAUCCUAGAAGACUAUGCGGACCCAUUUGAUGUUCAGGAAACUGGUGAAGGUUCGGCAGGACCUUCAGUAGCCCCAGAGAAGGUCCCUGAAAAUGAUGGCUACAUGGAGCCCUAUGAGGCUCAAAAGAUGAUGGCUGAAAUCCGAGGCUCCAAGGAGACCGCACCUCAGCCCCUGCCUCUGUAUGACACACCCUAUGAGCCAGAGGAGGAGGGGGCCUCCCCAGAGGGUGAGGGAGCCACUUGGCCCCGGGAGUCCCGCCUGCCUGAAGAUGAUGAGAGGCCCCCSGAGGAGUAUGACCAGCCCUGGGAGUGGAAGAAGGAGCGGAUUUCCAAAGCCUUUGCAGUUGACAUAAAGGUCAUCAAAGACCUACCUUGGCCUCCGCCUGUGGGACAGCUGGACAGCAGCCCCUCCCUGCCUGACGGGGACAGGGACAUCUCCGGUCCAGCCUCACCCCACCCUGAGCCCAGCCUGGAGGACAGCAGCGCCCAAUUUGAAGGAACRGAGAAGAGCUGCCUGUCACCUGGCCGGGAGGAGAAAGGGCGGCUACCUCCCCGACUCUCUGCAGGGAACCCCAAGUCAGCCAAGCCUCUAGGCCCAGAGCCCAGCAGCCCCCUGGGGGAGUGGACAGAUCCAGCAUUGCCUCUGGAAAACCAGGUCUGGUACCACGGGGCCAUCAGCCGAACAGACGCCGAGAACCUGCUCCGGCUAUGCAAAGAGGCCAGCUAUCUGGUGCGCAACAGUGAGACCAGCAAGAAUGACUUCUCUCUCUCCCUCAAGAGCAGUCAGGGCUUCAUGCACAUGAAGCUCUCCCGGACCAAGGAACACAAGUAUGUGCUGGGCCAGAACAGCCCACCCUUCAGCAGCGUCCCUGAAAUCGUGCACCACUAUGCCAGCCGCAAGCUGCCCAUUAAGGGGGCCGAACAUAUGUCCCUGCUGUACCCUGUGGCCAUCCGGACUCUGUAGAUGUGAGGCCAGGGCACCAUGAUGGACCUGGACCCAGACCUGUCACCUGGCUGAAGGCAGUGGCUCUUCCCAGGGACAUGAAACCUUUUUUCUCCUUGCCCUGGGAUCUAGUAGACGCUGGAGGUUCCUUAAUUUAUUCUAAAGGGGAAAGGCUACUGGGGCCUUUGAAUAAGGGGUUGGCUGGAGCUGGAGCUGGAGCAAACCCUGGAGAGAAAGGAUAACCUCUGGAGGAAAGAGACUCCAGAGCUGCUGGUCUCCUGGGGAGUUUUAAGAUUGGCAUUUCCGGCCCCUUUCCAACCCAAUGGAAGAGGUAGCCACCUUUCUCACCACCCUCUCCCUACUGGGUCAGUGCGGCGUGAAAAAGGACGCCGACCCUCUCUCCACCUCCAUUUCCCCCUACCCCAAGCCACCCGAGGGAUCCGCCUAGAGUCUGGUGCCGGGAGUGGGGAAGGCAAACGCCUGGGUAGGAGACGCCUGGGGGUGGGAGGGAGAGAUGAGGGGAAGGGUUAGGGCUAGAGGGAACUGUGCAGUCCCCGGGCCGCCCCGGCUCCCGGCCAGAGGCAAUAAAUAAACCCGAUCCUGCCAGGCACUGCCGCGUCCGCGCCUCCGGCGCUGCCCCCGGGUUGACGGGAGGGAACGGGAAGAGAGCACAGAUUAUGUUUAUAAAUCAGCUCUGGAGCCGACACAGGCCGGCUGUGAAAAGCA